AUGGCCAGCUUUGUAUUUCAAUGGCCGUACAAAGCAGACGAGGUGUUUGUGACCGGCACCUUUGACGACUGGGGAAGGACGGUCCAGCUGGAGAAGAAGGGAGAUAUUUUUGAAAAGGAAGUUCAGCUGCCUGCCACAGCAGGGAAAAUUGAAUACAAGUUCGUUGUUGACGGCGAGUGGGUCACUGAUAAGAACGCCCGCGAAGAAAACGACGGGCAUAACAAUAUCAACAACGUCCUGUUUCCCAAGGACCUGAAACAGGCAGACAAAAGCGCUUUCGACUCGAUCACUGGAGGAAAUACCGCUGCUGCAGUCAUGGCCGGUGUUACUCCCGAAGCAACUACUGCCAGCCUGGCCGCCCAGGUCCCUAAGGAGAACACCGUCUCUCCUCCUGGAGGCUUCCCCGAGACGCCUGCAACCGAGGUUGACGAACUGGCUGUCAACCCGAUCCCGGCCUCUCAGGGGAUUGGCAAUCCCAUUGCCUUGAAUCCAGGCGAGCCUGUUCCCCAUCCCAGCACCCUGCACAACAACACCGUUGCGUCCACCGUCCGUACAGACAAAGAGGGCUACGAAGCAGAUGCUAGCAACCCGGUGGUGCCUGGAAGUCAAGAGACCAACACAGCAGAUGCUCUCUCUGUUCCUCCUGUGCCUCAGAACGGUCUAAUCCCCGAGUCCAGCCUGCCCCAAAACCCCCCGGCUACAUCCGACCCGGGAGUUACCAUUCAGUCUGCCCACCCGAAUGCGACCACUGCAGCUCUUGCUGGCCAAGUCCCUCUAGAGUCAAAAAGGAACGGAGAGCCUGUAGACGACGUUCCCGGCGUGGUAAAGCAAUCUAUUUCCCUGGCACAUGACUCUCCCGAAGCCGCUGCGAAUGCAGUUGCCGUGGAGGAGAAGGCAGCCGUGGAAAAAGAACUAUACGAUAAAGUCGCGACAACAGACGGGCCAUCCACACUUCCCGCCGACCAGGUUCCUGCCGUUGUCAAGCAGUCACUGGAUGAAGCCCACCAGGACCCGGAGGCCGCUGCCAACAGUAUAGCAGUCGAGGAGAAGAAGCAGUUCGAAGAGGAAUUGCAGAAAAAGAUUUCAACCACCGACAAAGCCGGCGAACCUGCUCCCACAAUUGCGGCUGCAGCGACAGCGACAGCACCUGGUGUUGCUGCUCUCAACAAGCCCAUAGACUCGGCGAAUAUCUCGCCGCGAACCACCACACCCGUGGCGCACGGUACCCAGUCCCAAAACCAACCUACAGUCACGACCGGGGUUUCCGGUGGACCAACGGCAGAAACAUCGCAGCCCGUUGGCAGCCCGACUCAGGAAAACAACACCAGAGACAAGAAGAAGAAAAGCCGGACCAGCGGAUUCUUCCAGAAGCUCAAGGAGAAGCUCAAGUAG